CCAACCCUCACACCCCGCAAGGCCUUAAAUAGGUUCUGAACUCGCUAUAUACAGACAUAAACACUAGCAAUUAGUAGCAGCAAGCUAGAGUCGGUGUUUCGUUCCUUUACUGUCAAAACAAUUGACAGUUCCAAAAUGCCUCCUCCUCCAUUCACCCAAAAGCUGUUGAAACCCAUGUUGAUGCUUAGCCUCUGUGUAUGCACUGCAGUUGCUGCUACCUCUCGCGCUGAUCUCUUGAGUUCGGGGUGCUUAGAGGUGCCCUCAUCAGAAUUCGUCGGCACUGUGAAGACCACCAUCGGCGCUGUGCAAAAGGUGGCCUCCAUUAUCUCUCCUUUUCUCAAUGCCUUUGGCGAUCUUCGCCUAUCCAAUGCCAUUUCCGACUGUCUUGACUUGCUCGAUCUUUCCGUCGACCAGUUAAGUUGGUCUGUCUCUGCUAUCCAGAACCCGAAAGGUAAAGACAAUAGCACUGGAGAUAUGAGCUCUGAUUUAAGGACAUGGCUGAGCGCUGCAUUCGUUAAUCAGGACACAUGCACGGAAGGAUUUGAGGGCACCAAUGGCAUUGUCAAAGGGAUGGUGGCCGGGAGCCUGAGCCAAGUGACUUCUUUGGUGAAGCGACUUCUUUACAUGGUGCAUCCUGCUUCCCAAAUCCAUGGGCGUAAUCUCAGAAAUAAAGGCCAAUUUCCUCGGUGGGUGAAACACGAGGACCGGAAACUGCUACAAGCAAAUGGGGUGGGGGUUGAUGUUAUAGUGGCUGCAGAUGGGAGUGGGAAUUUCACAAAGAUUCAGGACGCAGUGUUGGCAGCUCCUGAUUAUAGCAUGCGCCGUUAUGUCAUCUACAUCAAGAGAGGUGUAUACAAAGAGUAUGUGGAGAUCAAGAAGAAGAAAUGGAACCUUAUGAUGAUUGGUGAUGGCAUGGACGCCACUAUUAUCUCCGGUAAUCGGAAUUUUGUUGACGGUUGGCCCACAUUUCACACGGCAACCUUUGCUGUUAGUGGCAGGGGGUUCAUAGCCAGAGACAUCACGUUCGAGAACACAGCAGGGCCAGACAAGCACCAGGCAGUAGCGCUAAGAUCCGACUCGGAUCUAUCGGUCUUCUUCCGGUGCGGCAUGAGAGGAUACCAGGACACGCUAUACACCCACACAAUGCGACAAUUUUACAGAGAGUGCCGAAUCAGCGGCACAGUCGAUUUCCUGUUCGGCGAUGGCACGGUGGUGUUCCAAAACUGCCAAAUUCUGGCCAGAAAGGGUCUACCCAAUCAAAAAAACACCAUAACCGCUCAAGGUCGCAAAGAUCCAAACCAGCCCACCGGCUUCUCCAUCCAAUUUUGUAACAUCUCGGCGGAUUCAGACCUUUUAGCCUCGAGCAACUCCACUGCAACGUACCUGGGGAGACCCUGGAAACAGUAUUCACGAACCAUUAUAAUGAAAUCAUACAUGAGCAAUGCAGUGAGGCCUGAAGGGUGGCUCGAGUGGAAUGAGGGUUUGAAUUUGGAUACGUUGUUCUAUGGUGAAUACAUGAAUUAUGGGCCUGGGGCUGGGCUUGGUCGCCGGGUUAAGUGGCCGGGGUAUCAUGUUUUCAAUGAAUCCGGUCAGGCUAAUGACUUUACGGUGGCUCAAUUCAUAGAAGGGAAUUUGUGGUUGCCUUCUACUGGUAUCAGAUACAGUGCAUGGUUGGAAGUUUAAGUAGUUUGACAAAACCUUCUUCAUUCUUAUUUCUUUAUAUCUAUUUAUCCUCUUCUUGUAAUGAUUUUAAUUUUUAUCCUAUAAAUAUUUCUAUUGUUUCCAUGAA